AUGAAAGAUCAGACGCUUCUAAAUGUUCCUCGCAAUGAAUAUUCUGUUGGCUGGAUAUGCGCUCUCCCAGUCGAACUGGCUGCUGCAAAGUCGAUGUUGGACGCUUUACACGAGACGUUCGAUCAACAUAUUCAUGACAGUAACACAUACAUUUUUGGGAGCAUUGGUCCGCAUAACAUUGCUCUGGCGUGUCUUCCUUACAAAGGAACUGGGACGAGCAAUGCCGCCAUAGCCGCUACCCACCUACGGCGGAGUUUUCCUUCGAUAACUCUAAUGUUGAUGGUUGGAAUUGGGGGCGGUAUUCCUGGGCCGCAUAACCCGCGUCUCGGCGACGUUGUGGUAGGCAGUGAGGUUAUACAAUACGAUCUCGGUAAAAGCUUUGACGACCAUUUCCAGCGUAAAGGCACUAAUCAACGUCCACAUUCAAACGCACGCACCGCUCUAUCCAGAUUCAAGGCUGGACACGAUGCGCAUCAGAACAACAUACCAAACAUCUUACGGCAGUUAGACCAGUACGCUGCACCUGAUCCGACUCUGGAUGUGUUGUUUUGCAACCGCUGUGAGCCCUUAUCCACGAACGACUGCGAGUUCUGCGACGAGCUCAAUCAUGUGCAACGGGCAUCGCGAUCAACCGAACCUCGCAUCCACUAUGGAAAGAUUGCAUCAGGAAAUCGGGUCGUAAGAAAUGCGACCGAAAGGGAUGAGAUCGCACAGGAGCCUGAUGUUCUUUGUAUCGAUAUGGAAGCAGCAGGCGUCAUGGACAGCUACCCCUGCUUGUCGAUACGAGGACUUAGUGAUUAUGCGGAUGCUCACAAGAACGAUGUAUGGCAAGAAUACGCUGCUUGCACGGCAGCGGCGUGCGCAAAAGAGUUUCUUUCUAUCAUGCCACGUAGGAAAAUUCCAGAAUCAGCCUCUGCUAGCAACACUAGUCAAAGUUCAUCCCAUGAGCAGCAGCGGCGAGCACCCUCAGGCCAACGAACCACGCACAAGGUGACCGCUCAUGGUAUGACGGUGGGAGAUAAUGCUCGACAGUUGGUUCUCUGUGGUGCCGGUGGAGAGGUCGAUGCCAGCUAUCUCACAGCUGGAGAUAAUUGCUGGCAGGUCAUUGGAUCCGAAGCGUUGAUGUCAAGUAUUUGUAACUCUCAGCAGCCGCAGAACAUCAGAUACUUAGACGAUGGUGACUCAAAGACACAACUGAUGGAUGAAUGUGUCUCAGGGCCUGGUCGCCAAUGA